GAAGAUGGAGUACCGGACUUUCUCCCUUCACACAAUACUGUCAACUUCAACAAUAAUCCAAUCUUUUCAAAGUGAAGACUGAAGAUUAAACUUGAAUAUAAUAAAAAUGGGAGAGGGGGAAAAAGAGGGAAAGUACUUUGCUUUUACAAUUUAUUUUGGUUUAUUUUUGAUUGUGGCAUUAGAUGUCGUCGCUGGUUUCGUGGCAAUGGAAGCCGAAGUCGCCCAACAAGAGGUGAAAACGAGGGCAUGGUCACUCGAGUGUAAAUCUCCAAGCAAAAAAGCUUUCAUGUUAGGGUUAAUAGCAUUAGGAUGUCUGUUAGCAGCUCAUUUCAUCACCGUUAUGAUAGGAUGCAUUAUCUCCGCUAUCAACAUUGCUGAUAGACUCCCAGGAUUCGAACAUACGACCUCGAGACGCAUCCACAUGGCCUGUAUUUCUCUCACUUGGAUCGUAGCAACUGCGGGAGCGGGGAUACUUACGAUGGGCAUAUGGAUGAACAGAGAGUCAAGACCAGAAUGUGGAUUCACAAACAAACAUUUUCUGUCUUUAGGAGGCAAAGUGUGUUUUCUUCAUGCCAUUGUCUCUGUCUUAAUGUAUAUAGCAUUUCUUAUCUCUUGUACUACUAUAAUUUUUUGCUAAACAAAUAUUUUAUUAAGGAUUUGGGUUUAAACUGAGCCGGCCCUAAUUUU